ACACAAGUGCCAGUCACAAAAAAGGCGGAAAAUGAAAAAAAAGAGAAAAAUAUGCAUGUCACACUUUUCAGAAUGCAUAAUUUUUCUUCCUCUUCUUAAUUACACACUGUUUGUGGUUUUAAUGUGAAGAAAUGUGAGGCAUUGUUAUUGUUUCCUACAGGAUGGUGGUUUGAUCUUCCUGUUUCCAGCCACAAGAGAAAAGUUUAAUGCUUUUCUCUUGAUGACAAGCAUUAAACUCAUUCAGCAAAUUACUUUUUUUUCCUUCAGAGUGCACUCUAAGACUUUCCUAUAACCAGGCCGCCUUGCCUUAAAUAGAUUGAGCCAAUAAAAAGGUGACUUUAUUCUGCAAACCUUUCAGCCCUGUCAUUUGUUUUUGGGUCAUGUAUUUUCUCACUGGUUCCAUUUGGCUCGUCCAAAAGGCUUCUCCAGAUUGCAUUUUCAGACAGCCCCCUUUUUUGUGUGUUGUUUUUACAAAGCCUUCGGUUGUUCACUCUCUCUUUCUGUCGUCAAUCGCUCCCCCGCCCGGCUGGAUGAAGUUUCAACUUCGGUCUUUCAGGACAAGGCGGAGGCUGAGGCAGAUCCGAACUCCAAACUUUCAACAGAAAACCACAAAGGCAAUAGUACAGUUUUCCAAACCAAUUAAAAGUUUUAAUGUUUAAACACUUGAAAAAUACCAAACAUCUGUAAUGUGCAGGGAAAUCUUUUUUCUUUUUAAAUUUUGUUUAAACCUUUCUCGGUUAAAAUUAAAAUCGAAGCAAAGUACUCUGUCGAUGUGGAGAGGAAUCUGUAACGAUUUCCAAAUGGUUGGUUAUUUUGCAAUAUCAGUGAAUGUUUGCUCUUUCUAUUCUCAGUCACUCGUUGAAAUUGUGUGCCACAGAGAAACCCAUUGCUGUAAGCAAGAGGCCAAUACUGAAACCUCUCCUAUGUUUCAGUAAUAAUUACCAGAAACUUUAAAUUAUCCAAUGAUCUUUUAACACCUCUGAUAUUGUGAGAAUUUGGUUUUUCUAUGUGUUAAUUUCGGUUUCUGUGUUUUUCAGUUGAGUCUCCCUGAAGUCCCGAUUGUCCCCAGCUGUCCCUUGUUUCCCCUGAGUACCUUCCCUGAGUAUUUAUACCCACCUGUGUUUCUUGCUCUCUGUCAGGUCCUUGCUGCUGUGUUGAUCGUCUACUAACAUUAGUUUUUCGUCAGUUGUUGUAAUUAUUUACCAGUUGCUACCCGAGUCAAAGCUUCUGCCGCUGCUCAUCUGUGCUGCCUGGAUUUUGUGGUUUGUUCAUUUAAAAACCAUCAUUUGCAUCACAACCUGGUUCCAACCGCAUCUACCUCACCACUUCAAACCCCACCUCAUGACAGAUAUUGUGUAUACCAAGGAUUUUUUUUUUUUUUUAGGAAAAACAGGAGGAAAUCCAGUUGGGGCACAUUGGCCCAGUGGCAGUUCUCGCAUAAUUGUUACUUUAGUCAAGCCCUUCCUUGUGCUGCCUCCAAAUGAUGACAAAAUGAGAUUCUGGGUUGGCAUAAAGUGCGGUGCAAUCCCCCACAGAACAUGUAAGCUAGCAUUGCUAUUCUCAGUAGCAAGCGGGGGACGCCGACUCUUCGAAAGCGGAUGCUAACUCCCCAUUGACAUCACAUGCAUAAAAGUAAUCAAAAUUUAUUUAGGGGACAACUGACAGCUAACUACCUUGAUUUUUUUUCUCAGUCUUUUGCUCAUUCAAUGUCCUUUAAAUGCUGGGGGAGCUGACCAAGGUUAUAUGAGAACUUGAGCAGAAUUUAAUUUGGGAACCCAUAUCUAGAAAAACAGACGGGAAAGCAAAGGCACAACAGGCCACCCAUUUUUGUUGUCCAUGUUUAAUCAUUUUUUAAUCCUUCAUUAGCCCAACUUUUUGUUUUAUCAUUUGUGAAUAUAGAUACAGACAUGUGGAAGUCUGAGCUGUGCUAAAUUAUGACUCUGUUGAUGUGAUUGUCAAACUCUGACAGCGGUCUGAAAGUGGCACUGAUGAUUCAUUUCUCAACCUUCACUGUCUGAACUUCACUUGGCAUACGCAGGUCAGCAGGGGGCCUUUUGUAUUCACAAACAAGUUCUGAACCUGUUUACAAAACCUGUUUAUACUUCGUGGAUGAGAUGGGGCUGUAAGACUUGACACUCUGUGUGCAAUAAAAAUGCAUAACAUUUUUAAAUUGUUGUAUUAAACUAAUAGAUUAACUUUUCAGUUUUGUUCUAAUGAAGUGAGAAGUUCCUUUUUUAGAGGGUGUUGAAAUCGAUGUCUGUGUGUCCCUCUUAAGUCAGAUGCAGUUCUUAGAAUUGUUAAUGCUAAUGAACUUUUCUUAGCAUGAACUAAUUUCUUGUUUUUUUUUUUAGAAAUCAACUUAAAGAUUCUUGAGAAUAACUAGCAUGUGUGGCUUUAGACGCCAAAUGUUUAUCAAAACAGGAAGGACAAAACCACACAGAAACUGUUUGUAAGCAGGCAGGUCUUUAACUCAUUUCAAACAUCCUGAUGAAACCGCCAGCACAAUCUUCAUACAGUCAAACGCUGAUAAUCACGAGAGCAAGACGUUUGGUGGCUUUUUGCGGAUGAAGUUCAAAAUGUGCCCCAAUGACAACAUGACCACUAUGGCAACCAACAACACCGCCGAUACAUGCUUCAACAGUAUUCUGGAGGGUUUGGGUUACAGUCUUGUGUUUUUCCUCGGUCUCAUCGUCAACGGCGCUGCUCUGUGGGCCUUCAUCGCAAAGCGGGCCUCCUGGACCGACACCCACAUCUACAUGCUGAACUUGGCUCUGGCUGACUUUAUCUUGGUCCUUUUCCUUCCCUUCAGGAUUUACGAUGCCUUUUUCUGCCUGCCUAAAACUUUGCUCUGCACUUUCCUCAUUUUUAUGCACUUCGUCAACAUGUACGCCAGCAUCCUGACCACGACAGCCAUCAGCGUCCACCGCUACCUGACCAUCAGGUUCCCUCUGCAAGCCAGAUCAUGCAAGAGGAAGAAGGAGGCAGCUGUCGCAGUCUGCUUCUUCAUCUGGGUGGUUCUGGUUUCGAUUGUUGCUGUUUUUCACAAGGAUAACCUUCCUGAAAAACUCUGGACAUGCUAUGAAAGAUGUAAAAAUACCAGAAUCCGUCCACAAUUUAACUUGCUCCUGUUGUCUCUCGGCUACCUGGCUCCUCUGCUGAUAAUUGUGUUCUGCUCCAGUCGGAUCAUCUGUAUUUUGGGGAAAGAGCAAAACAAGUCUGAGGAAAGGAAAAGUAUUGUUGGAAUAAUAAAAGCAAACAUGAUUGUGUUUCUUGUCUGCUACACACCAUUCCACAUUGCGCAUAUAGUAAGUUUACUCUACAAGGUUCCACCAAACUGGAGGACCAUAUAUCUUCCAAGUCACAAGUUUUUACAAGUGUCUGAAUGGAUCGCCUCCACAAACUGCUGCUUUGAUUCCAUCAGCUACUAUUUUUUAUUAAAGAGGUUUUACACUCAGUGAACCUUAGAGCUGUAGGGUUAAGGCUGAGAAAGCUAAGACAGAGGGACAAGGCGUUCGAUUCUGGCUGAAUCCCAUUCUGUAGUUAUAUUGGAGGGUUUAUCUUUCCCCGCUGUCAGAGCCAGCCCAAUGUUAAUUCAAGUUCCAAAAUACUUUAUUGAUCCCAAAGUUAAGUCAAAUCAAAAGACUUUAGCAAAGCAUCAUUUUGAGCUCCACUUUCAGAUACGCCCAGCAUUCACCACAUAACCGCUGACUUUCUUCUGAUUUGGUAUUUGCUCAGUUGUUUUGAAUUCAACUUGUUUCAUAGUUUCUAACUGCAUAACUAGAUAUGGGAAGGUUUGUAUUGUGUUGUAUUUCAAGUGCUGAAAUGAAUAAAUGUUAUAAUAUUUCAUUUUAUUGAUAAGUUCUGUAUGUCAGCUCAAAUGUCAGCAACAAUGAAAGUAAAAUAUUUUUUACAAGUGAAGUGGAUUGAGUGAUUUGACCUGAAUAGUGUUUGGCAAUAGUUUUUUCCACAACACAAGCAUAAUUAAGUUUCCUCCAUUUUUACUUUUGGUUCCUUUGUUUUUACGCAACAAAAGAAACAAAUAAGCUGCCUUGUGUCCUCUGAUUGUGUUCAGUUCUAUUUUUUAAGAUUCUUGAGAUUGAACAUCGGGUUCUGCUUCAAACUUGAACUGAAACAUAUCGCACAGGAAACUUAAAACCCACACAUGCAGCUAGCUAUAAAAGUGGUGAGCUCAUUCAGAUAAGACUUGAUUUUAAAAGAAUGAUAAUGAAAUUCCAUGUAUUUGCAAAGUCAGACAAGUUGGCAUCCGACUGUACAGCUCAGUUUGCAAGUGUACUUUUAUCUUGAAUUGAUUGUUUUAAAAACGUUACCUGUCUACAUGAGUUGGAUUUCAAUCAAGUUGCACCUUUUAUUGUUUGCUCAUUUGCUGUUGUGUGCUUGUAAAGAACAUUUAGUUUAAUAUGCUGUGAAAACCAAGUCACAUAGGUUAACCAGUAAUAAAGGCUAACCAUUUAUUA